AUUAAGUUAGUCACGCAAACUUUAUCUUAUAAGUUAUAUACAGAAGCUAAGCAAGUUAUACAGCCACAGCAAGUCGUUGACGUUGUGAUAACCCUCUGCAGUGACAAACAAACUUAGCUGAAACUUCAGUCGGCUGACUUCACUUGACUAUAGUUUGGCAAAGUCUAACAUAAAAGAUGGCUGUUGUAAGUCAGAAUCUGUUACCUAUGAGUGCUAGAGUGGGAAGUGAGUUAUCUGAACGUCCUAUUCUACGUACAAGACAAAGUAUAUCUCAACCCAAAACAGCUAGAUCUUACAGAGGUCGUCUUGAAAGGUUUAGUACAAGUCGUCCAGGAUUCUCAAGAUUAGAAAUUGAAACUAUAUUGAGAGAAAAAUUACAUCAAAAUUAUGAAAAUAUCCAAAAGGCUCUGGUGUCACAUGAUGUUAAAAAAGAUGGUACAGUAACAAGAGAUGAUUUCCGUUCAGUAUUAACAUCACAUUGUUUUCCUUUAACAUCACAUCAAUAUGAUACAUUGUUAACUAAGGUUGAACAGAAUAAUGAUGGUUGUAUAUUGUAUUUGAAGUUUCUAGAGAAGUUUUCAGGAGGAAAAAGUUUACAGAAAACUUCUGAUGACUUGUUAUUGAGAAACAACCUACAUACGCCUGCUGUCAAAGAUGUUGGGGUGGAAAAUCUGGAAAAAAUGUUGCAAGAAAAGCUCAGAGAAAACUUAAAGUCUAUAACAAAAGCUUUACGUUUAUUUGAUUAUAAUUUUGAUGGUAAAAUACAGAGAUAUGAAUUCCGACGUGUUUUAGAGAAUUAUUGUUUUAAACUCACUGAUUCACAAUUUGAUAAGUUGUGGCUAAGAUAUGACACUAAUCAUACUGGUAUGAUUAAUUAUAAAGAAUUAUUACAGAAAUUAGGUUUUCAGAUUAAUAAAUUACUACCAUCCAAUACUGUACACAGCUCAUUAACUCAGCCAAUUGGUUUGCUCCAGUCAGAAAAGAGUGUGGAUAAUAGACUCCGCCAUCAAUAUAAACAAGAAGAACAAUGGUUGAAAAAAAUGUCUUUUGAGCAAAUUGAACAAGAAUUCAGAAAACGGAUGAGAUCAAACUAUGUCAAUUUAAAGAAGUCGUUUUUAGCGUUUGAUAAGAGUCUAUCAGGGUUUAUCAAUAUAGAUGAUUUAAAAGCUAUAUUAACUAAUUUCACAAUACCAAUGUCAAAUCAGCUCUUCACUAGACUCAUGGAAAGAUGUGGUAUAAGAGGUACAGGCAGAAUUGCUUGGGAAAUAUUCCUGGAGAAAUUUCAAAAUCCAAUGGACUCUGGCAAUGGACAAACAAUACCAAUAAAGAACAAUCAUAAAUUUUUCCCAGUAAUGGAGAAGCAAUGUACAGUAUUAUCUGAAGAUGUAUGGAAUCAACUUUAUAAGAGUAUAGAAUCACAUUAUUCAUCAUUUAGACAGGCUUUUCUUGAAUUUGAUAUAAACAGAACUGGUAAAGUUACAAGAAAAGAUUUUCGAAGAAUUUUAGAGAAGUUUACGUUCCCAUUAGAUGAUAAUCAGUUUAAAUGUGUUAUGUUAAAAUUAGAUCCACAUCAUACCAACCAUGUCACUUAUCAUCAAUUUCUCAAGCUAUUUGAGGAGAGGGAUACUUGGGAAGGUCAUAAAUGGUUGAAUUCAGUUCAUAGAUUCAAUGAAAAACAGAAACCCAUUAUAAUGGCAUGGGGCACUGUUGAAGAUAUAUUAAGAGAGAAGAUAGUAGAAAAUUGGAGAAAUGUAUCAGAUGCUAUAAUAUAUUAUGAUCAUUCAGAGGAAGGCUUUAUAUCUCCUACAAAUCUUAAGAGAGUUCUCAAUAAAUAUGUUUUACCUAUAUCAGAUGAGCAUUUUCACAAACUUGUGAGUAAUUGUAAAAGUUUGGGAUCUGAUGCUAAAGUAAACUAUAUAGAGUUUCUGGAGAAUUUGAAAGUGGAAGUGUCUCCAGGCGACCUGUGUGGUUUAAGUUCACAGAUCUAUGCAGGAAGUAAAGUAGCUGAACAUGUACGACAUUCUGAUCAUAUAAACAGACAACUGGUGAUUAACAAGAGAUUAGAAGAGAGAACUAACUUUUUAUCAGCAGAAGAAGUAAUAGCUAAAUUACAAGAUAGACUCAGUCAACAUAAUACAUUACUUUAUCAAGCUUUCAACUCAUUCGAUAAAACUGGUAAAGGAAAGAUAUCAAAGAGAAACUUUCGAAGGUUGUUGUAUAAUAUGGGAUUUGUGAUGAGUGAUGAACAAUUUCAAGAACUGGUUACAAAAUUACAAUUUUCAGAUGGCUUCAUGUCAUAUAAGAAUUUUAUCAAUAAUUUUGAGAAUCGUAAUGGACAGGAGGUAGAUAUUAUACGAACAGGAAAUCACCAUGUUAAUCCAAUACGUGGUGAUGAAUUUGGAUUUAAGGCUCAAGAAGUAGAGAAUCGUUUACGUACCAAAUUAAGAGAUAACUUUCCUGAUUUAAGAUCAGCUUUCUAUAAGUUUGAUAAUGAUCACGAUGGAGUAUUAAUCAAGAUUAAUUUUCGUGAUAUGUUAGAUUAUUUUAUGAUAGUCACAAGUGAUGAGGAAUAUGAGAUCCUGUGUCAGAGAUUGGGCAUCGAUAAAUUUUCAAAACUCACUUAUCAGGAUUUUUUGGACAAGUUUGAGAUCCGUGACACUGAAGCUGGUCAUAAAUGGUUGAAAUCUGUUCACAGAUAUAACCAAACUAUACCACCUAGAAAAUUAACAGCAGAAGAAACACAUGAAGAACUGAAAAUUAAAGCACAUAGACAAUGGGCUGAUUUAGCAAAGGCAUUUUUAGGUUUUGAUCGAAAGAAGAAAGGAGUGAUAAGAAAGAAUGAAUUGAGGAAUGUAUUAAAUAGAUUUAUGAUAUCUAAUGUUAAAGAGGAAUUUGACAAAUUAUGGAAAAUGUAUGAUGAAGAUGAAAAAGGUUAUGUAUCAUAUCAGGAUUUUCUCAAUAAGUUAGGAUCUAGUGAGUUUACACCUAUUGAUGAAGGAACCAGUCAAAAUAUAAUAGAUGGCAGUCGACAAACAUUAUUAAACCAUAAUCUACAACAACAUUAUAAACACGAAGACACCACUUUAAAACAAGCUGAAUUAGGAAUGCUUAUGACUGCUGAAGAGGUAGAAAAACUGCUCAGAGAUAAAGUAAGAGAUAAAUAUAAAGAUUUUUAUACAGCUUUUAGAAAUUAUGAUAGUAAGAAACGUGGGUAUUUAUCUAUUAAUGAAAUACAGAGAGUUCUAGUGGAUUUGAACAUCUUUCUCAAUGAGGAGGAAUUCUUCAGAUUGUUAGAUAGAAUUGGUCUUCACACAAACCAAAGCAAAUUGAACUACGAAGAUUUCUUGAAAGCAUUUGAAGAAGGUAGAAAAUCUAGUUAUGGAACCAGAAAAACAGAAGAGUUCAACUUUGUAGGAGAAGAUAACUCUAAUUUGUCGCCUGAAGAUGCAGAAGACAAACUCAGCAAGAUAAUUUCUAGUCAAAAGUACACACUAGAAAAGGCUUGUGCAUCAUUUGAUAAAGAUAAUGCAGGAAUGAUAUCUGUGAAUAAUCUACGACGUGUUAUAGAUACAUUCUGUUUUAAACUAACCAAUAAACAGUGGACACAUUUCAUCAAUAAAUUUACUAGAGAACCAGAUAAUAUAAUAACUUAUAGAGUGUUCUUAGAUCAUUUUUCUCCAGUUAAUCUAGCGGAAUCUAAGAAUUGGAUGAGUAUGCUGAAGAAAUCAGCUUUAGUGAGUAAUGAUGCAGAAUUGGUUUCCAUGGAAACAACACCAGAUUCAGUAGAAGAGAAACUAAAAGAGUCAGUGGUAGCCCAUUUUCAUACUCUAGCUAAAGCACUUGAAGAAAUAGAUUAUGCUAAGAUCGGUGCUGUUGGGAAAGAAGAUUUUAAAAUUGUGUUAGACACUGAGAUAUUUAAACUUACUGAUGAUCAGUAUGAAUCUUUAUGGAACAGUCUACCUGUCAAUGAAUAUGGUAAUUUGGAAUAUGUAGAGUUUUUGAAAUUUCAUGAUCCUGAAUAUAUCCAUGGCAACCAACAACCAACCUCUGUAGCUAGAUCAGAAUCCGGUCAGGAGGUAGAGUUAUCUCCCAUUAGACCCCGAACUUCAUUUUCACAAAGGUCUAUAACCAGAAGUGAUUCACAAGGGUCAAGGACAUCCCGUUCUAAAACCAGAUUAUCAACACCUAUGGUGAAUGCUGAUAGUGCUGAACAAAGGUUAAAACAUGUGAUAUUUAAAUAUUGGAAAGAAAUACAGAAGAAAUGUCGAUUUUGUGAUCCACAGAAUACUGGUUCAAUAGAUAGUACACAGUUUAAAUGUAUAUUAAAACAGUUAGAUGUAGAUUUAUCACCAGAAGAUUUUAACACCUUAAUGAUCAAAUAUGACUUAAAAGAAAAUGGCAGUUUUUGUUACUCUGAUUUCUUACGCCAUUUUGUAUUAGAUAUAAAAUCUAGAGAAAGAUCUAUAAAAAGACCACAAUUCCAUCCUACUAUUUUAGAGGCUAAAAUGGAAUCAGCAAAUGAUAGAUACCAAGAUACAAUGAAACAGAUUCAAGCAACAGUAAGUGAACACUGGAAAGAUAUGAGGCGUAUGUUUCGUGUCGUUGAUCCACAAUCUACGGGGGUAGUGUUCUCAGAUGAUUUUCGUCAUAUUUUACGACAAUUUAAUGUUAAUUUAAGUGAAGAAGAGUUUACUCAUAUGAUUUCCUACUAUGAUAAAAAUUUAGAUAAUCAAAUAAAUUAUAAUGAUUUUAUUAAAUUCUAUUUAAAACAUUAA